GAGGAAGUGCGCAUGCGCCGGUUUCAUCCCAGCAAUGGCGGCCCGCAUUGGGACGUGUAGGUUACAUAUGAACGGAGCAGAAAGGCUCGUUAAUCUGGGCCAGAAAUCAUAUCUACGAGCUCGGCGGAUACUCACCAGAUCCACCUUUGCAACUAAAGCACAGAAUGUUAAAAAGACGCUACAGACCGGCGCAGCAGCUGGAAAUAAAAACUCGUUUUCUGCUCUCCAAGAGGAAAGACGAGAACAAGCUGAGAGGUCUGUCCUCAUCGGCUGCCCUCCAAACAUCAACCAGAAAAAGUUUGUGGACUACAUCUGCAAACAUGGAGACAUACAGAACCAUUUCUUCUAUCAGUCUUAUGGAGUUUAUGCAGUGGUGGAAUUCGUCACAAAGGACAGCAUCACUGCCCUGAAAGCAAACUGCUCCAUACCAAGUGUCCAACAUGAAACAGCUGUGCCUUUCAAAUCUCGUCUCCUCUCUUUAAAGUGGACAGGGCAAGGUGGCAAUUCAAAUGCCUCGAACACACUCAAAUUCCAAAAGCAUCUACCUAUUCCUGUUAAUGAGCUCACUCAGCAUCUUUCCAAACAGGAGAAUAUAGAUCAGCAGCUGCAGAGUCUGACUGAGCUGUAUCAGCUGACUGAUGAAAACAUCAGUUUACGCUUCUUGGUCUGUUCGUUGCUCAGGGACAUUGCUGCUGCCUAUUUCCCAGAAUGCAUCAUCAGGCCUUUUGGCUCCACUGUGAACAGCUUUGGAAAACUGGGCUGUGACCUGGACAUGUUCCUGGAUCUAGAUGGCAUCAGUAGGCAGAACCAGAGAAAGGGUUCUGGUUUGUCUCUUGAGUAUCAAGUAAAGCAGGGCACAUCAGAGCGGACGGUCACCCAGAGCAUCCUGUCUGUUAUCGGGGAGUGUGUGGACCAGUUCGGUCCAGGCUGCGUUGGCGUUCAGAAAAUCCUCAAUGCUCGCUGCCCCCUCGUCCGAUUCGCUCACCAGCCUUCAGGCUUUCAAUGUGACCUCACUGCAAAUAACAGGGUGGCGAUGAAGAGCUCUGAGUUGCUUUAUGUAUAUGGGAAACUGGACGCACGUGUGCGACAUCUUGUGUUUGCGGUUCGGUGCUGGGCUCGUGUCCAUGGCAUCACCAGCAGCAUUCCCGGAGCCUGGAUCACCAACUUCUCUCUUACGGUCCUCGUGCUGUUCUUUCUCCAGCGCCGGACGCAGCCAUUACUGCCCACCCUGGACCAGCUCAGAGACCUGGCAGACCCUGCAGAUCAGUGCAUUAUUGAGGGGAAUGACUGCACGAUCGUCAGUGACCUGAGUAAGAUUAAACUACAGAAAAACACAGAUACACUAGAGAAAUUGCUGCAAGAGUUCUUUGAGUUCUAUGGAAAUUUUGCCUUCAGUUCAACAUCCAUCAACAUAAGGAAGGGAAAAGAGCAGAACAAACCCGAGUCGGCCCCUCUGCACAUCCAGAACCCGUUCGAAACGAGUCUAAACGUCAGCAAAAACGUGAACACCACGCAGCUGGAACGCUUUGUCGCACUGUGUCGUGAGAGCGCCUGGCUUCUCGAGCAGAACGAGGUGCUUAAACGGAGUGCUGGUCAGUCAGCAGAUGCAGUCCCACCUUGGGGACUGGCUGCCCUCCUUUUGCCUUCGGUUGCUCAGUCGGCGGGGGUGAAGGGUCGCAGGAAGAAGAAACAUCAUCCGGCAAGCGAGAGGAUAAAGACUUUGCUGGAGUCACUUAAGAGUAACAGUGGAGGAACGAGUGCGAAACAGAGUGCUGUUAAUAGUCGCCACUAGGGGGCAGCAUACGUCUGGACUUGUCUGUGUGAAACGACUGCGAACUCGAAGCGUCUAACCAAGUUCAGCUGACUCGGCUGUGGUGAGUCCAGCCUGGAGAAGCAGCUCUACUGUUUGCUGGUUUUGCUGCAGCCCAGCCUGAACCACAAUAACAAAACGAUGCCACAUCCACAAUAAAACCUACAGUGUUUCUCUGAAGGUAUUAUGGGAUAUUUUAGGUUUGUGUAAACAGGAAGCCCGAGAGCUUGUUGUUCUUUUCACAAAGACGGAUAGCUGAUGGUGGAGAUUCACUCACAGUGUUCAGAUUAAAGGGAUCAUGGUGCUGUAGUGAACUAGGCAGACCGCAUUGUGGUUAAAAAGCCAUAUGGCGUCUGAAUGAAUGUGUGCUUUGGUGAGUGGGCUUCAUCCUCCGAGUUAGUGUACAUAAAGCAGAGAAAUAUUUAUCUCAUUCUAUAGGCAUAUGUAACUAACUGUUUUUUAAAUUGUAUUAAAUUACUUUAAACUUUAAAAGUCUUUGUGGUACUUUGACACUUCAAAAGCUGUCUGAUGUGUAGUCUAUUAAAAAAAAAAAAAAGGCAGCAAUUUUUCUAGAGUGGUUUAGAAAGACUGAGAAACCCAUUUUGUUUUUCUUUAAAAAAAAAAAAAAAAAGAAGGUUAUUUCUCAUCAAAAAUGUUACAUUUCUGUUUGCUUGGUUACGCACUGCAUUAAGGCUUAACCAAAAAGAAGUCUGCCGAAAUGUCUUAUGGGCGUGACAUUUUAAAGUUUAUUUUUAUUAUAGAGAUGGCACAAUUCCACUUUUCUUCUCCUCCAAUACCAGUAUCAGUACGGAAACCAUGAGUGUCUGCUGAUACAGAUACACAUCUGAUAUUAUAUUUUUUAUAAAUGCUAUGCUUUACUUUCACACAAUUUUAUUUAAAAAGUACUUACAUUAUAAAAGGAGGAAUUCAAGUCAGCCCAGGACUUUUGAUUGUCCAGAGUAACAACACAGUUAUAAAAGUAAAAACUUUCUUUAUUUCUCCAUAUAAUCCUUAACUACAAUAAUACACUUAUCCCAGCAAUUUAACGAGUGCUUGAAUACCAUCAAGAUAGAAAGUUUUCUCAAUCAUUAGACUGCCUACUUCACAUCGUCACCAAGGGUGAAUCUCUGGCCUCCCAGGAACUCCUUCAAUAUACCAAACAUUUGGA